CUCUCGACCACGACAGACAAAGCUCGAGCUCAUCGUCGUCCACGAUGACAACGACCCCUCCCGCCGCUCUGCCCACCAUCGACGCCCCCAAGACCGAAAGGCCUACCGGUCCAGGACGUCUUCCGUCGCUCAAUCAGCUCGCUGCCCGCAUCGGUGCGAACGCCAGCGCAGGGUCGCCGUCAACGACACCGAGCAACCGUCCCCGUUUGGCUGCUUCUCUCCUUCGUACCGGCUCGACUACUUCUCUUUCUACCACUACAUCUGCAGCCGACUCUACGACCGUCAAUGCACCCAUAACGCGCUCGACGUCACCCACGGCGCUUUCGACUUCGCCGCCCCAUUCGACAACGGGAUCCGUCAAUGGAGACGCUGCCCAGGGCGAACCCCUCACUGUCGACAAGGUCGAAAGACUUGCACAGGAGACUUCUGAGGCGACGAAGAAGAAAACGAAGGGUUACAAGAACAUCCCGAGCUUGGACGCCAUCACUGCACACUAUGCUCGGAAUAGGACUUUGAGUGUUGAUGGGACCGCGAUGCCGCCUGAGGCAGAGGCCAUUCCUGACCCUCAGACGCCUGGCUUGAUGACGAAGCCUCAGGAGCAUCCUUUGCAGUAUACUUGGACAAUCUACCACGAUACAAAGACGAAAAUCCCCUUCACCCCCGCAGCUGUACCUGACGCCGCAUCGCAUCCCGCGCCAGCCGAAGCAGGCGACUACGAAGCCGGCCUGACCACGAUAGGCGAGUUCGACACCGUCGAAUCUUUCUGCAGAUACUUCAACUGGCUCAAGCCUCCGUCAAAGCUCGACAGAAACUCGAACUACCACCUGUUCAAGUCGGGUAUCAAACCGAUGUGGGAGGACGAGGCGAAUGCGAAUGGAGGAAAAUGGGUGUUGACGAUGAAGAAUAACCCGGCGUUGUUGGAUCGGUGCUGGCAGUGGCUUACGAUGGCGCUGGUGGGUGAGGAGCUGGAUGAAGGGGACGAGAUUUGUGGGGCGGUAGUGAGUCUGAGGAGCAAGGUGGACAGGAUACAGCUGUGGACGAGGUCGAAGGAUGAUGUGGAGAAGAUGAAUGGGAUCGGGCGGAAGUUUGUAAAGUUGCUGGAUGUAUCGGAGGCGGACGGAAUUGGGCUUGAGUUCCAGUACAACACAGAAGACCGUCCACUCCCAAACAAAUUCCUCUCCAUCCAAGCCGUUCCCCAAUCCGGCUUCAGACCGUCCUUCCACUCCAAAUCAGGAAGCGUCACCUCCCCCAUCUCAGCCGUCAGUGAUGCCGGAUCCGCUAUCCCUUCAAGCGCUGGCCCCGGCGGUGCAUUCGGAAGUUUCAGUGUGGGUGGCGGUGGCGCUCUCGGAGGCGGAGGCGGAGGCGGAGGAGGAGGAGGCGGAGGCUGGCGCACGAAGAGUCGCGGAUAGGUCGCUCGUUGCGUUGCUCUUUUUGCUCUUGAAUCAUAUUCGGCCAUUCGAUCUUCGUCCAGGACCAGCUUCUGUUUCUCUCUUUGUCCCUACUUGUUGUUUUGUGCGGAUCAAGUCUGCGGGUGCAGCCUCUGCAUGCUUCGUUUUUCGUAUCAAUGGAAGCGAGAGUGAAUGUCGAGAAGUCUACGUGUUUCCGGGUUGGCCGUUUGGACGUUCGAAAUCCACCUCUACUGUGUAGCUCCAAAGUUGAAUUGUAGGCCUCAUGAAUCAAAUGUACUGCUAUCAAGACGACCUCGUCGUCUCUGAAUUUCUGAAUCUCUAGCUUUUACCUGG